AUGAGUACGGAGGAACGUAUGAAUGGACCACCAAAGCCCCUCUGUCACGCGUUGACGAUUCGGCAAACGCAGGAACUUCACAUCACGGUAUCAGCAGUUCAACAGAUACAAGUCCCAGCCAUCACGCUAAAGCUGACGGAAAAAAUCGAAUGGCUACCACCGGAAUACUGUUGGUUAAUCAAUGAAGCAAGCAAACUUGCGGUUGAAAAGAUUCAUCUAGUUGGUAAAGUUAAGUUGUCAGAAAUAUUAGUGUUGCUGACUGCUGAGGUUCCCGAUACGGAACUUUGA